UAGGAGACGUUACGUCAUCAGAAUGCGCGCUGGUUUAAGAGGUGGCAGAUGCCUCUUCGAAAUAACAGCCAUCAGUCGUCUACUUGAGACCUGUUUCUCUUCUCAUACUGCUGAAGAGCAGCUGUUGGGAUGCCAAAGAAGUUCCAGGGCGAGAACUCCAAGGCGGCCACAGCCAAAGCCCGUAAGGCCGAGGUGAAGGCAGUGGCAGACGCCCGCAAGAAGCAACAGGAAGAGGAUGCUCUGUGGCAAGAAACCGACAAACUUGUUCUCAAAAAGGGGCAGAGAAAGGAUGAAAAGGAAAAGAAGAGGCUUGAGCUUUUGGAAAGGAAAAAGGAAAACCAACGUCUUCUGGAUGAGGAGACUUCUACCAUAAAAGGCAGAGCCCAGAGGGAGGCUGGACCUGGCGGCAAAGUGACUCGUGCCCAGAUCGAGGAUGUGCUUCAGAACGAGCUACAGCAACAGCAGGAGCUCAAGCCAAAAGAAAAGAGCCAUCUGGAAACUCCACUGGAAGAGAAUGUGAACAGGAUCAUCCCUGAUGAAGGAACCGUGGAAGCCAGAUCAGUAGAAGAUGCCAUCGCUGUGCUCAGCACGGGGCCUGAGGAUUUGGAUCACCACCCGGAGCGGAGGAUGAAAGCAGCGUUUGCUGCCUUUGAGGAGGCCAACAUGCCUCGCCUAAAACAGGAGAACCCUAACAUGAGGCUGUCGCAGCUGAAGCAACAGUUGAAAAAGGAAUGGAUGAAGUCGCCAGAGAACCCCCUGAACCAGCGCUUUUCCUCCUACAACUCAAAGUGAUUGCACUGUUUAGCCCCUUUAGCUCCAUUUGAAAACUGUCUGCCUAUGCACAUAGGAGACUCUAAUUUCAUUUAAAAAUGGGUGUUGCUAAUGAGAGUUUCACGCCUUUCUGCCCAGAAACUAUCUCUCCAAAGCAAGAUGACUCAGCUUGGUUUUUCCAUUCACUAGGAAGGAGAAGCUCAUUCUCACCAAUCAAGGUGACAAGUGAUUAUCAUUCCUGUGAAUGUGGCACUUUUGCAUUUAAUACAUUUAAUUCAAAUUUUUUUUUUUAAUCACUUCUGGGGAGGUGGGAAGCCCGAUGUUUUGAGAGUAACUUAUUAAAGUUCACAACUCAUUCAUCAACA